AUGCCACUGUACAGCAAUGCCAGUUUUUUAGAAGCUUACAACAGCCUCACAGACAAACACUUGGUACAUUAUUUUUCCACUGCUCGCAUGAGAAGACACCUGCUUGAUAAUGGACUUAUAACAGAAGAUGGUGAAGUUGUUCCAGAAGCAGAAUACCGGGAAAUACAAAAUCGACAAAAUCAAAAACGUGCAUUUUUAGAAAUUAUUGCACAUGCUAUCGUUGAAAAAUCGCUAGAUGUUGAACGUAUACGUCAGGCAAAAUUAAAAAGAAAUUUAGAAGAUAUAUGUCGGUUGCAUAGAGUUCAACGACUCAGAGAAGAACGUUCAAAACGUUCAGAAGAAACCUUACUCUCACAGUUAUUUGGUAAAAAUAAGAGAUCUGGUGAAAAACUUCAACCUAUUAUACUAUAUUCUGCAGGGAAUAUGGAGCAUCAACUCAAUAUCUCUGAUACUGACAGAAGAAGGCUGUCGACUAAAAAGGAUUCUUUCAAGAAAAAUCAAUUCGACAGUCUAUACGACGCUUUACUUCGAUCGCAACAACAGAAGUUCCUGUUUAAAAGACUAUCAAGUUGUUCGCAUAAAAAUUGUAAGAAACAAUCCAACAUAUUGUCAAAACGUUCAAGGCAUAAAUCAUCACGUGAAACUGGUGAUAGAAAAGAAGACAAGCCUAUGGUAGCUGAUUUUUAUAAUGCUGAAGAAGAUGCAGUAGAGGCGAAAAAUGCUGGAAGUGAUACAGUCAUACAAGAUGGUUGUGAUUCUAGAAUUAGUCCAGAUCAAGGUAUUGUUAAAACAGUCAAGAGAAGAAUGUCAACGGAUGGAAAACUUAAACCAGCGAUACACGAAGAAGUGAAACAGAUAUCAGUGAAAGAUAUUUGGACAAGAUCUAUCAUCCAGCCUAAAUCGUACUUAUCUAAGCAUAGACUGAUUAUGAAUAGAUUAACUGAUCAAACAAAAGCUAUACACAUUCCAUCAUCAUUAGAAAGUUAUUAUUUAAUGAAUACUGCUCAAACCGAGAAGAUAAAUAAUGAAGUAUGCGAAAACAAUUUGUCAACUGAAUCAUUGUCGUCGUCGGCGUCUCUACAACAGCUUGACCCUUUUCAUCCAACCAAUGCUGAAUCUAACGCUACCACUUCUACUCCUGCUAAUGCUCAUAUCAGUAGUGUUCAUGGUGAUACAAAAAUAAUGAAUUUAGACAAUAAACAAAUUGAAAUGCUUUCCAGCUGUUUAUUAUCUGCACUGUCAAUGAAAGAUUUAAUAAACACGCUACCGAAUGCAUUAUUCCCUCAACAGACAAGUUACACUACGUCUAACAAUACUACUCUCAGUAAUAGUGGUAAUACCAGUAGUAAUAGUAAAGAUAAGACAAUCAGCAGUAAUACUCCACAUUCUGGUGUAUACUCUACAACACCUACUACUAUUAAUGAUAAAAGUAGUAAAUUAACAGCCUUUUUAAAAACUGUAAAAGAUAAAAAGUUAUUGACAGCUGUUAAUAGUUAUCAAAUGAAUGCUGAAGAGGUGAACAUUGGUAUUGCCACUAGAUUAGAUGAAGAGAAGGUCAAUUCAUCUAAGGUAUACAAAGAUAAUAAAGACAUUGGUGGCUCCCUCGGCACUGAUAUCGGUUAUACGGGUACAAGCAGUACAAGCAAUAGUUGUAGUGGUAGCUAUGGAGACACCACCAAUAGUAUUGAUAAUUCUCUCCGUCAACUUGAAGAAUCCUGCAUAAUGCCAAACAGACCGACGGAUGAUGGUUGUCAACAAGGCGGAGAGAAAAAACAGUUAAAGUCUGAUGAAGGUGGAAUGAUGAAGUCUGCAUUACCAGGAGCGUUAACAUUAGGAGUGAAUGAUUUCAAACAGUGUAGAAACUCUUGUAUUGUUAAAUUUAUGUACCUUGGAAUAUCACGUACAGAAGAGGCGAAAAUACAACAAACAACGCUUGAUCAACAGAAAACUCCUAAAGGAAAAGUCAGCUCAAUUAAGGAGGAUAAUCAAUAUUUAUCACGUGUUAUUAUGGUUAUUCAACAACCGAAUGGUGGAAAUACUGUGACUGUGUUUAAAGAUUCACUUCAACCAGGCGAUAUAUUUCAAAUUACAUCGAGACGAGCUUAUGGUUUUCCAUUUUCACUGACAUUCUAUGUGGAUGGUACACAAGAUGCAAGAAUUAGUGCAUGCUGUGAAUAUCGUCAUAGACAAGGUGUUCGUAUUGGUGGGAGGAAUGGUCAUUUUGUAUAUUUAACAGUGGAAGGAUCAUUUCCAUGCUAUAGAUGUCAGACAGCUAAAACAAUGAAACGAGAAUUAAAAGCGAAGAAGUUAGCUAAAAAGUCUAUCAAACCUCGAGAUGAAGAAGAACAAAGAUUAGUGGAUGGUGAAAAAGAAGGACAGAGAGAAGAAGAAGAAGGCGGUGAAGACAAUGAGGAUGAUGUAGACGACAAUGAAGGGGACUCUAAAGUUUAUGAAGAUGAUUUUGAAAUAGAGAAUGGAAUUGAUAAUGUCAUCAUUGAUAAAGUGAUAGAACAGCAAGAAGAAGACAGUGUAGGAGUUGUACAUCCUUCAGGAAUAAAUCAAGUGUUUAUCUCUACAAAGGUGGAUGAAUCCCCAUCUACCGUAAUAUAUCAUGAUGAUAAUACAGAUUCGAAAUUUUCUGCCUCAGUAGAACCGAAAAGUAUUGAAGAAUAUGAAGCUUCCUUAACUCCAACUGCGCCACCAAUGGAUGACCUACUUCCUCAAGAAUCUCCAAAAGAUGAUAGUCAAAUCAAUAUGCUAGAGUAUUUCAAAGCUGCUUUACACACAUUUGCAUUGAAUAACACUGAAAGUACAGGUAGUUUACGAUGUAUUCUUUGGUUAACUAUAAAAUUAAAAAAUGACGAGGACUACAUUCCGAAUGACGAUGGCCAAAUCAUCUCACCAUUAGAAGAUGAUGAAUUCUGUGAAGCUAUUAUACGACAAGAAAAUAAGAAAUUGAUACGAUUCACACUACCAAAACCUGAAAAUUCUGAUAGGUUGAAAUUACGUUGGCCAUUGAAUGAUCUUGAGGUGACAGAUACAAUCAAAUAUGUUGACUUACGUAAUCUGCCACACAUUCUAUCAACGCCAUUUUCUGCAAUUAAAAAACUUGAGCUUUGCUUAGAAAUACCACAACAAGAUAUCAUGUAUAAAUUUGUUGAGCAUACAAGACUAUCAAACAAGCAUCUGAUUACAUUUAAAAAUCCGAUGAAAGUGAUCUUGGACGAUGAUGAGGAUAAUGAACACAAUAACGAUCUAAUAUUUGGACUUUUAUAUGAGUUAGCCGGCAAAUUACUUAGUGAUGAUGAGGAAGAUAAUGUGAAGGAGAGUGACGCAGAUGAUGGCGAUGGUGACAGGGAAGCUGACGACAAUGAUGGCAACGGAGAUGGUAAUAACUCAAACGACUGUGCCGACAAUGAUCAAAGUACUGACAAUAUUCAGACUGUCAAUGAAAAUGACAGUUUAGGAUCAACCGAGUUGUUUACCCCAUUAUCGCCAACACCUUUUGAGCAAAAUAUUAUAUCACCUGUAAAGAAAGUCAACCACACUGGAUCAGUGUCUCCAUCGAUCUCAUCAUCAUCAUCAUCAUCUUCACUGUCCUCAGCAUCUAAAUCCCUUGAAAGCAAAGAACCAUCGACAUCAAACAAUGACGCUUACAAACUGCUGAAUAGUCCAAUUGACUCAUUUAAUGUGAAAGUAAGUCAUGAAACAGAAUCGGCAAAUCAAUCAACCAAUGCUCAUAGAAGUCAACCUGAAGAAACUACCGACCAUUUGGAGACUAUCAGUAGUACAGAAUCGAUACCGCCAUCAUCACAAUCAUCAUCAUCAUCAUCAGAUAAUGAUUUACAACAAGAUAUGAUUGUCAAAAAACAUCUCAGUGAAGAUUCGGUUAAUGGAGUAAAUAUUGAAGACAGUGAUGACAGUGUCGAUGGAGACGGAGAAGAAGAUGACGAUGGUGGUGACGAUAAUGAUGAAGGCGAUUAUGUCGACAAUAAUUUAAACAAUAAAAGCAUUCAGGUUCCUAAGGAGCAUGUUACUAUAGCAUCUUCACAGACACUCACCGAGAAGCAAAUGACAACCAAUGAUAACAGGGAUUGUCAGCAUACUUCAUCGGAAGUCUCAUCAUCGCCUUCAAUAUCUUCAUCACAUUCUGUUCAUUCUGUUUCAACGAUGACAGUGGAUCAGUCAGGGAUUCAGUCACGCGGAAAUCUCAGCUCACCUAACAAACAAUCAAUUUAG